AUGGCGUUCGACGCUCCCGAUCCGACUCUGUACAAUUCCUCGAUCGACAAGCUCAGCCGGGGGGCGCAGCACGCCAAGGCAUGGAAGGAGUACAAGCAGCACGGUACGCUGGGCCGCGACGAGGUCGACGAUGAGAAAGAUCGCGAGGAGGGCGUUGGAUCGGACGACGACGCUGACGAACCGGUGAAGGUGUACGGCAAGAGGUACCCGCGGGUUUGGACGAAAGGGGCGCACGGGGGUAAAUAUAAGAUAUCCAUGGGACCCGGGGCGCGGACCGGAUACGACGCGCUCGAGCAAAACCCCGACGGAAGCGCGCUCACCGUCGCCCCCGGGUACGAGAAACCCGACUCGGGAGCCACCACAAACUUCGUGGGUAACCACAUGACGCAGGGCGCGAUCGACCUCGUCCAGAACGAGCUGACGCGCCCGGACCCGGACGGCGACACGAGAAUGGCCCGUCUCGACGCCGCGCGAGGCAUCAAGCGCAUGCCCCCGCGCCUCCUCGCGCCGGACGAGCUUGGACCAGCUUCGAUACCGUCCCCUCCGACGGUGACGCGACCCGUGGAGAGGUACGCUUGGGCCGACGACGACGACGAGCUGGUCGUGGUCGUCAGGUUGGGGGACCUGCUCGGCGUCCCCGCGGAUAUGGAAGGCGCGAAGGUCACGUCAGAGCCGAGCGGCGGCGAGGAGCGGGAGCCCCGAACGCCGCUCGUGGUCGUCAUCCCCGACGUCGGCGGAGGGACCGACUCCGGCUCGGUGCUGACGCUGAGACUGGCGGGAGGGGUCGACGAGUGGACCAUGGUCAAGAACAAAGACGAGGUGAGGCUGGCGAUGGUCAAGUCGGAGUCGUCCAGAGGAAGGUGGAAGACGCUCCGGGCUCAGGAGGUUAUCUCCCUGGGUACGAAGGACGAUUCGAGGACGAUUCAGCCGCCGCCGGAUCUCGCCGCGUUGAGACGCCAGAUCCUGGAGCGCCGGGAGGGCAAACUCGCGAACCAACUCCCGUGGUUCGGCGAUAACAACCGCAAGUUCCUCGCCGCCGCCGCCGCUGAAGACGAUGCGGCCCCGGGCGCGGAUGUCGAGGCGGUCGGCGACCCGAUGGACGCGCUCAUGUCAGGCCAGGAGCUCGCUGCGCAAGGCAAACACGCCGAGGCGUCCGUAUUUUUCAGCAGGGGCAUCGAGCUCAUCGCUGACGAGGGUGACCCGCGGGCGUGUGCCAAGCUUCACGCCGCGCGAGCACGCGCCAGGGAACACCUCGGAAAUUUGAGGGCCGCAGAACAGGACCACACCGCGACGCUGACGGCUGUGGAACGAGGCGGUGCGGUGGAGCCUGAAGGUGUUGACGCUUGCUCAGCGCUGCUGGCGAGGGGCAGGUGCCGAAUGCAGCUCGAGGACUACGUCGCCGCGUGCGAGGACUUCACCGACGCGUUGCGCUCUAACCCGUCGUCUCGUGCGGCGUCGGAGGCUCUGCGCGACGCCAAGCGCCUGGCUGACCAACAGAGCAGCGCGCGAGAGAAGGAGGCCAAGUGCGCCAAGGACAUGCCCGUGCUGUUCGCCAAACCCGGAUUGAGGCAGUUUGAGCCACGGGGGAAGGCUGGAUCCGCGUUUUGA